AUGGCCGCGCUCCGGCCGCUGCUGCCGCUGCUGCUGCUGGCCUGGCGCUGCGCGGGGGAGGACGUGGAGCGAGAGCACCUGGGGGAUCGCCCAGCAGCGCUGCCAGGACAACGGGGGCAACCUGGCUCCGGCGCGCAGCUCCGGCCGCUGCUGCCGCUGCUGCUGCUGGCCUGGCGCUGCGCGGGGGAGGACGUGGAGGUGCUGUGCGCCGACAGCGCCUGCUACACCCUGCACCGCAGCGAGAGCACCUGGGGGAUCGCCCAGCAGCGCUGCCAGGACAACGGGGGCAACCUGGCUCCGGCGCGCAGCGCCGCCGAGGCCACCCGGCUGCGGCAGCUGCUCGCCGCGGCCCGCUGGGCCGGCCCGGCUUGGCUGGGGCUGACCCUGCCUCGGGGGCACUGCGUGCAGCCGCAGGAGCCGCUGCGAGGCUUCUCCUGGGUAGCCGGCGGCGAGCAGGGCAACUUCUCGGCGUGGGCGUCGGAGCCGGCGGACACCUGCGUGAGCGCCCGCUGCGCCAGCCUGCGGCCGGACGGCGGCUGGAGCGACCGGCCGUGCCGGAGCGCGCUGCCGGCUUUCCUCUGCAAGUUCAGCUUUCGGGGGAUGUGCGGGAUGCUGCCGCUGGCGGGCGGAGGCUCCGCGUCCUUCAGCACGCCGUUCGGGGUGCGCACCGCCCGCCUGGCCGCCGCGCCCUUCGGCACGCUGGCCGAGGUGCGGUGCCGCAGCGGGGGCCGCUCGCUGUUCGCCGUCUGCAAGGGGGUGCUGGACGCGGGGGGGUUCGCCUGGCACCCCCCCGGCCCGCUGUGCCCGGUGGAUUGCGGGGACCUCAACGGGGGGUGCCAGCAGCGCUGCCUGGAGGCGCCCGGCGAGUCGCCGCGCUGCGCUUGCCACCCGGGCUUCGUGCUGGCCGCGCUGGCCGCCGACAUGGCCUCCUGCCUGCCCGAGGAUUCCUGCCAUCCCAACCCCUGCCAGGGCUCCUGCCGCCCGCUGCCCGCCGGCUUCGAGUGCGGCUGCGAGCCCGGCUUCGCCCUGGCGGCGGACGGCCGCGGGUGCGCCGACGUGGAUGAGUGCGAGUCGGGGCCGUGCGAGCAGCGGUGCCGCAACACCCCCGGCAGCUUCCAGUGCCUCUGCCGGCCGGGGGGGGCCCCCGCCGGGCCCGCUGGCCGCCUGUGCCACGACGUGGACGAGUGCGCCCAGCCCCACGCGUGCCCGCAGCUCUGCAUCAACAUCCCCGGCUCCUUCCGCUGCGCCUGCCGGCCCGGCUUCCAGCGGCAGCCGGGAGGAGAUUCCUGCCUGGAUGUGGAUGAAUGCCUGCGGGAUCUGUGUCCCGGCGCCUGCCGCAACUUCCCCGGCGGCUACGAGUGCCUGUGCCCGCCCGGCUCCACCCGGGAUGGGGAUGGGCACGGCUGCAGCCCCGGAGAGGCGAUCCUAAAUAGUACUCCGCAGAGCUCCAGCAUCCCAGAGAGCUCCGGCAUCAUCCCGCAGAGCUCCGGCAUCAUCCCGCAGAGCUCCAGCAUCAUCCCGCAGAGCUCCAGCAUCACCCCCCAGAGCAGCAUCCCAGGCAUCCCGCGCAUCCCACGGACCACGAGCAUCCCGCGGACUCCGGGGAUGCCCACCGCGGGUUUGGGAGGCGGCUCGGACGAGCACAGCGCCGACGGCCCCCGCCUGCUGCUCUAUUACAUCGUGGGCAGCCUGGUGGCCAUCCUGCUCCUGCUGGCGUUCGCCCUGGCGCUCGUGGCUUGCAGGAGAAGGGCGGCCAAGAGGGAGAAGCCGCCGGCCAAAAGCGCGGCCGAUAAUUAUUGCUGGGUGCCCGAGCAGCCCGAGAGCCGCGGGGAGCGCAGGUAGGAGGGGGUUAAAAGUCCCGAUAAAAGGGUGGGGAGGGAAUGUUUUGUGCCCCAGGUGAGCUCCUCUGGCUGUUCCAGUGGGAUUUGCAGUCCUGCUGCUCCAGGGGUUAACGGGAGAGGGGAUGGGGUGGGAUUUGUCUCCACAGCUCCGCUCCCAAAGGCGAGUUGGGAAUGAUUGGAUCGCGUUCCCAAAGGGAAUUCGCUGGGAAUUCUCCUGCACUGCACCCCCUGCUCGUGGCUGCAUUCCAGCCCGGGAUUUGCCUUGGAAAAGGGUUUGAAGUCGGGAUGGAAAAUGGUUUGACGUGGGGAUGUGCCUCAGCAGAGCUGAGCAGGCCCCUGCAGGCACAACCAGGGUGGGGUUUAAGGGCUAUUUUUGGGGUUUUAUUCAAAGUCUGUCUCCCGAAACCAGGGGAAAACUGCUCAGCACGGAGCCAAGGAGUGGCAUAAAGGUAGGAAAAGCUGUGUUUGGAAUAGCCACCUCCUCAUUUCCAGAGUAUCCUGCCUAAAUCCUCUUCUAAACAGAGCAAACAAUGCUCUCCUUCCCAUCAGCCGCAUGGGAGGCUGGGCUUUUCCUGUUGGAUUUUUUUUUUUUUUUUGGGGAAGGAUCCUUCCUGGCUCCAGGCUGAGUGUGUUUCCCCCUCUUUCCACGUCUAAGGAACACGCUGGAAUUGGAAUAUUUGCUGAUAAUUCUGUGUAAAACUCGUAACUCCCCCAAAACUCUCCGGGCCAAGUUGCUCCUUAGGUACUUCCCAAAAUUCCUUGAGCAUCUUCCAGCCUUUCCAGCAGGGAAUUCCCUCCCAAAAAUCCUGAGAGGCACAUGCAGCAGCACCUCCUCCGUGGUUUAUCCGUGCUCCGAAGGGCUGGGAAAAGAUCAGCCACGGGAUUAGAAGGGUUCCAAAGUUUCUGUUGGAAUUGUUU